AUGGAGCUGGAGCUCUGUGCUUUGUUUAUAGAAUGUAACAAGUUUAUUAUCUCUCACCAGAACGAGAUCUUGGCCAUCAAGAGCACAGUUCAAAAGGUUGCCUUGACAGCCUACCGGGCUGUAGAGGAGGCUCUGCGCUCAACGAGAAUCAAAGGCUCACGACGAGACCAAGGAUCGAGCACGGAUGGUACUGAUGCCCCACGAUCUACUGACGAAUCCUCUGUAGCUAGCUUUUAA